CUGUCUAUGGUGAUUUCAGAGCAGUAGUGUUUUGUUGGAUCAUCUGUGUUCUGAACUAUGGAAAGUGUGGUGCAAUCCCGAAUCCCUCCAGAGCAAAGCGAAAUUUUGGGAGUUGAGUCUCAACAUGGAACAGCAGCGGAUGCUUUUACCAAAGCAUUCCUCAAGAAUAGCCUUCCCCAAGUGAAGGAUGAAGACAUAGAGGAAAUUAUGAUGCGCAAGGCAGUGGUCCUGGAAUAUAAAAGACCGAUGAAGAAGAAGGGAAAGACGAGAAAGGCCAAGGGACUGAAUGCCAAAGAAAGAAGACGGCUUAAAAUAUUCCAGCUCAAACCGGAACAUCAGAAAUAUGAACUCUUCUUGCCUCUGCAUGAGCUCUGGAAACAGUACAUCGUGGAUCUAUGUAACGGAUUGAAACCAGGAAGCAACCCACAGAUGAUCCAGCAGAAGCUCUUGAAAGCUGAUUUCCAUGGUGCUGUCUUAACAGUUGUCCGAUCAAAAUGCCCCUCAUAUGUGGGUCUAACUGGCAUCUUGGUACAGGAACUGAAGCACGUCUUCAAAAUCAUUACAAAGGAGGACAAACUAAAAGUUAUACCGAAGAGGAAUAGUGUGUUCGGUGUGGAGAUCGGGGAUUUCGUAACGCACAUCUAUGGCAGCAAGUUUGAACUGCGCUCCAGUGAGCGAUCGGCGAAGAAAUUUAAAGUGAAAGGAACUAUUGACUUGUAAUGGGAAGUCUUAAACCUCAUGUCAGCUUUAACUGUGGGCUCAUACUGGAGAAUUAAGAGACAACAUUUAAUCAUUAUGGGUUUCUUAGCUUCUUCCUCUUAUUGUUAUUACUCCCUUUUUAUGCUUUGACUCUGCUCAGGCAUGAAUCCACAGUAUACAGUACAGUGCAUUUAGGAAAAGUAGUAGUUUUUGAUUGUCCACCAGAGGGAGCCCUUAUUGAAAGAGAAGGGAGGAAGAAUGAAUUUUAACCUCCUCAGUUCUCUCUCUAGCUCUGUUUAAUCCCUGGUACCUGUCACUUAAUUCUUAUACAAGGUUCCCACAAACUCUUUAUUUAUAUAUUCAAGGGUAGUCAGCACUGCUAAUGCAAAAUAUAAAAUAAAAUUUUUACAAAUGAAUAUCGUAUUUCCCUAAGAACAUCUUAAAAAAUAUUUAUAUGUUAUGUUACAUGGCAUGAUAGUAGAUCCACAAUAAUAAUUCAAUAGUACAAUGAUUUCCAAAAGUCGGAGGUAUUCAAGUCUGUUAUAUAAUGUUUAUUUCUAUACAACUUUAAGCAAAGUGUUGUUAGAAGCAGUGUUUUCAGACUUGUUCUUGAACAAGGACCACUUCAGCUCUCUAGUUAAAACGGCACGAAGUAAAAACUGGAAUUAGU